AUGAACGACGCAGAACUGUGCGCCAAAUCGAGCAGCCCCCAGCAGCAAUUCGUGAAUAAGGUGCUGGAGGAGCUGUGGCCGGCCCUGGAGUGGCGGUGCGAGCAAGGCACUGUGCUGGACGUUGGCUGCGGCGCUGGUGACGUCACGACACACGAGCUACUGCCGCGAUUGCCGCCAGGAGUCAGCGUCCUCGCUGUAGACAUCAACCCCGCCAUGGUAGCCAAGGCUGCAGACAGGUUCUCCGGACCACGUCUGCGCUUCCGUCAGCUGGACAUUGGCACGCCGCGUAUUGAAGAAACCGACGUCUGGAGGUUAGGUCCAUUCCGAAAGGUCUUUUCCUUCUUCUGUCUGCACUGGGUGCAGGAUCAGAGGUCGGAUAAAUUGUUUGAUAGCGGAGGAACAUACACACAGUCUUUAAUGAAACGCCAGAGAAAGAAAUCCAGUUGUGUCAAGUCUGGGGAGCGAGGUGACAAUGCGAUUGUCCCUUUACGGCCAAUCCACCGACCUGGAAAGCGAUUAUCGAGGAAACAUCGAACGUCCGUGAUGAAAUGAGGCAGUGCACCGUCUUCCUGAUAGUAAACCGUCCCAUUUCACUCAUCUUCAUGGAUUUCAUGAAACCAAAACACAUGGCGAACACACUCUGCACCACUGAAAGUAGCCGUUUUAAGUGUGCACUACACUGGCGCUCCUGAUGGCGGAACGAGGUAUUUAUGCACCAUAUAAACCAAAACUGACAUUGUCUGCUACAAAAUGACUGCUAUACCGAUUCUAUAAGUUAUCACAAUAAAUUUCUAUAUUAUU